CAAAACAAUGGUCAUGACCACUAGGUUUGCGUCUUCGAUUUGUCGCAGUGUGCUCGAGACCAGGAAGGGCAACAGACGCAGCCAGAGCUUGGCCUUCACCUAAGGAUAUUACAGCAACAGUAAACAGCCAUGCAUUGGCCAUUGGUGACAGCUUUGUUGCUCUUUGUAGCAUGGAGUUAUCCCACACAGAUUGAAUCAGCCAGGACGCCGGCUUUGGAGCUGCAGCAGAUCUUGUCACAGGCACAUCAUCCAGGCAGAAAAGAUAACUAUCAGUAUGUCUUGUUGCCGAGUACCCGCGGUGGCUACAGGAGGCGUCAGCUAACUGGCUACGGCAAGGCGAGGUCAACGACGACCACUGAGCGUCCGCUGGUCCGGGUAUGGAAUAGUUUCAUUCGAAGUGUUCAGCCCUCGUUUAGUUUGCGAAACUUGACCAAUCCGUUGGCUAACUUCUUCAACGAUGGCAGCACCAAUAUAAUUGAGACAACGCCAGUGUUCCUUCAGGCUGUGGAUGAGGACCAAGAGCUAAAGCUAGAGGAACCGAUUCCAGAGCAGCAGAGCUCCAAGAAACGCAAACGAAAGCGUCGCAAGCAGCUAAAGCGAAGACCCUCUUACGACUCGCAGGAAUAUGAUGAUCCGUACGAAUAUUAUGCACCGCCGUUGCCGGCACCGCCAGCUCAGCCAAUGUUCUUCUACGACACCAACUCCGGCAGUUACUACGGCGUGCAGCGAUUCAGUCCGCAAGAUUUUCAGCCAAACUACUACAAUGGCUUCGAUCCCUCACCGGAGAUAGAGCCACAGGAGCAGCCGAUUUUGGGUAAAAUCAACACCAAAAAGAUCACUCUUCUGCGGCCGUUGCCGCUAUCAUCACCAGAAGUUCAGUCCCCUGUAAGCACAGUCGACGCCAGCGACUCGGCCAAUCAAAGCGAAGAAGUGGUCGAUGAUGAUAGCUCGAGCGAUAGUACACCACUGGCCGAUGCAACUACUCACAGCAUUGGCGAAGGCGAUAAUGACGCCCCGAAACCCGCACCGCUCUCAGAAAGCACGCGCAAUGCUCUGGGCACGUACAUGCGCGACGAUCAGCGCAGUCGCCAGCGGCAACGUCACUCGGAGCGCAACGGUGGCGUCACUACAGUCUCGGAGGCAGGUGCCAAGGUUACGCCUAGGCAUAGAAAACGCUACUUUCUCACUGCGCGCCUGGUGCACUGA